CCUCCCGCACUCACGCCGACUGCUCUUCAAGCCUACAAGCCCCACCUCCCAUUCAUUGACUUCCUCCCUUUCCCUCAAUUUCGGGACAACCUUCUGCGAGCUGGAGAUGCAGUUGAUUCUUACGAAUUUUGGGACGAUAUGGUGUCUGGAAAAUUAAAAGUCUGGGGAAAAACUCCCUGGGACCGGAGGGGCUGGGAAAUGCAAGAAGAAUUUGCUACCAAGUGGAGCUGGCUGGUAACGGAUGACAUCUUGGAGGAAACAAAUUUUUGGAGGGUAUCUAGAGGUGAGGAACCUCUGCUG